AUGAGGGCUGCGAUAGCGUUGGCGGUGGGCUUGUGUUUGGCACAGAUUGCGUACGGUUUUGUCGAGAUCUCACCCAAGUAUGGGCCCAAGUCGUUGGGUCGUAUGGGCAGUCGUGUGGUGGGCGGCACACCUGCCAGUGCCAGUCAGUCACCGUUUCAGGCGUCGCUAAAUGCCGAGGGUUGGUUUGGUUGGAGUCACAUAUGCGGCGGUUCAUUGGUUGGCAAACGGUCAGUGAUUACGGCCGCACAUUGCUGUGAUGGAUAUACUGCGGCUAAACUGCGGAUCCUAUACGACGGACUCGACCGGACAACCCUCAAGACCACAAACCCGGUGACCAAAGUAGACCAACACACCAGCUAUAACUCCCAGACCAUCGAUUGGGACUACUGUGUGCUAACACUGACAAACGACAUCGUUCAGUCAACUACAGUGAAAACCAUUGAGUUGGUCACCACCGCUCCACCCCAUGGCUCGCCCGCCCAUCUGACCGGUUGGGGAAAGACAUCGGGCAGUACAAGCACUUUGCCGACUGCACUUCAGUACACACCCAUGUCCAUUGUGUCCCGGGAAGAGUGCAAUAAGAUAUGGGAACCGGCGGGUCAGACGGUCACAGCCCGUAUGAUUUGCGCGUCAAACCAAAAGGCCAGUGGUUGUAAU